AUGAUUUUCUCCGUGAACUUCUGCAGCAAAUGGGGCAUUUGCUGCAAAACCAAACAAAAAUUGGUGUGUUCCAGAUGUUACAAUAUUUUUCUAUAUAUUUUCCAUACCACGAGAAGAAAAUGUGUUGCAAACGCACACUUCUUUCAAAUGACACUCGCGUAGGAGACGAUGGAUCUCUUACUCCCUCUGCAUGACUAUAUGGACAUCGUCCUUUUCUUAGCUCGUGUUCGCUUCCUGAUCUAUUUUCAUGGCGGAUAUAGUGCAUGGCAUGCCACCUCCUUUCUGGUGGACAUAAAUAGCACUCAGCUGACAACAUCGCGCGAUCGUUGGGCUUCUUAUCUUUUUCGGCAAAACCGUCCAAUUAAUCUUCGUUCCCGUCAACAUCCUUUCUCUAUACCGGAGUUUGUAUUUCCCACACGAUCGAUUAUUUGCAUAUUCUCGCGAAGAGACUAUUGGCGCGCGCAUCCGAUUCCCAUGACGAUCGAGCAUGGCGGAGUCUACUUCUUGAUCAAUCGCCAUUGUUGUUGACGCGACGAGCGGCUUGUUCCACGCCGAUGUGUUUCGUCUUCUUGUAGUAUAGGGAAAGAGAUCGACCUGAUCUGAUUCGCCAUGAUUCAUAAGCGAUCCAAAUCCUGCGAGCCGUCCAGACAGAUGGACGAGCAGCGCGCCGGCAUCAAUGGGGUCACGGCCUCCGACGACUCCAUCACGGGCAAAGCGGCAUCGUCUUCCUCGGCGACGGCGCAGUGCUCCACGGUGACGGUGUACCUCACCAAGAUCAAUGGCGUCCAGCGCCUCGUCACCGUCGUGUGGCACAAGAGCAUCAUCAACCAGUCCUUCACCAUCUCCAUCGACCGCCCCGGCGACGGCAGCGACGACGAGACGCUCAGCCUCAAGGUGGAGCUGAAGCCGUGGCCGUUCUGGAGCAAGAAGGGCCUGAAGAGCCUCUUCCUCGACGGCCACCGCCUCGACGUCUUCUGGGACCUCCGGUCGGCCAAGUUUGCGACGAGCAGCCCGGAGCCCGCCUGCGGGUACUACGUCGCGCUGGUGAGCCAGGACGAGGUCGUGCUCACGCUCGGCGACCUCAAGAAGGACGCGUACAAGCGGACCAAGUGCCGGCCGACGCUGGAGGAGGCCAUGCCGGUGUGCCGCCGUGAGGUCGUCCUCGGCAGGCGCAGCUUCACGGCGCGGGCGUGGCUGGACGCCGGGAAGCCAAACCACGACAUCGUAAUCGAGAGCAUGCUGGCCGGUCCCAGGGAGCCGGAGAUGUCCAUCGCGGUGGACGGCCGCGUCCUGGUGCAGGUCAAGAACCUGCAGUGGAAGUUCCGGGGCAACGAGACGGUGCUCGUGGAGGAGGCGCCGGUGCAGGUGCUCUGGGACGUGCACGAUUGGAUCUUCGCCGGGCCGGGAGCGCAGGCGGUCUUCAUCUUCAAGCCAGGUGCUCCGCCAGGGGUCGAUGACAGCACCACUGGGUGGGAGCACGGCAGUGGUAUUCAUGGCGACCCGGCUGAUUACAGUUUCUUUCUUCACGCAUGGAAGACGGAGUGACGCGGCUGGGACAUUUCAUCUUCUUGUUUUCAUGUAAGAACAACAUUGAUUCGUAUAUAUGGAAUUGAUAGAUUGUUCAACAGGAACUUCUAAUCAC